GGCAUAUCUACCUACCUAAGGUUAGGUACGGUGGCCCACAGCGCUUUCUGAACACAAGACGGCAAUUGAGAUUUCGAUUCAGCUUGCUCUGUGUUCACAUGUUUUGAAAUAUCCGGACUCCCUUUUUCCUUCUCAAUACAGAGUGUCUUUCUGGCUUCACUUUGACAUAUAAGCCACAAUUACUUAUUCUCUGUGGCGCACAAAUCUAUGUACCUAGAGGUAGGUAGCACCGUGAGAACAAAGCACCAGCCACAAGUCAUGGGCGCAGCAUGACGGGACUGGACUGGAUAUCUCGGCAGCCUAGUCCUAGACUAGGUAGUUGAUGACAGGUGCAGUGUGGCGAAGCUGGCGCAUCGUCGCCAGUAUCAAAUGAAAUGAGAGGUUUUGCUCGCAGACAGCCUGUCGGUUCACUUGUUAUGGAUAGCAUGGUUAGGCCGAUCACUGAGCGAUUUGUAUAUCGUGGAGUUCGACUCUGAGGAACAACGCGAUUCCCGGGCUUCCUUUCUUUGCCCUGCAAAUAUCUCGCUUCAACUGCUUCAGUUAGGGUCGUUCGUAGCAUUUAGCGCCAAGGACGUGACAAUUGCAACGAAACUAAUACACACCGGAUCCUACAAGCUUCGUACGAGUAGAAUCCAAGUACAUGGCAGACUCGAACUCCCAGGAAAAUAGGCCGCGUGGCCCACGUCUAUAUCACAAAAAAUCGAGAACGGGAUGUUUACGAUGCAAGCAACGGAGAGUCAAGUGUGAUGAACUGCAUCCUAGCUGUAGCAGCUGUUCCAGGCAUAUGGUCGAAUGUGUUUACCAGACACGACCACCCGCCUCCACGUCUGCGCAAACCAGUUCCCUAAGUGUCACAGCCAGCACACCGGGAACGCCCACUGUCACCAGUGCCACCAGCGCCGGCUCUACGCCUGAGAUGGUCUCCCAAGGGCGUGGGCGGACACCUCUGAAUGCUCACUCCAAUGAGCUGACUUCGGUCCAGUCACCGCACAGCUCCAAGUUUUACCCGUCUCCCAGUUCGUCUCAUCCCACUUCCCAUUCUGAUGACGCCGAAUCUGAAGUAGAGUUGCCUGAUGGCCCCUGGCGGAGACUGUGGGAACUGCGAUUGUUACACAAUAUGCUACUUUUAAUGAAGCACCCGUUUGACGAGCCUACAGCGGCCGAAAUCCAACAAUUGUGGUCUAAAGACGUGCCCGAAAUGGCCAUCUCUUAUGCGCAGAAGCGAGGACGAUGUAGUCUCCUCAAUAUCGAAUUGGCUCAUUCAGCGCUGUAUCUGUGGACGAAGAGCACGGACAAGCAGGAGCGCGAUGAGCUUUUCAAGCUACAGCAAACAUACCAACUCAUGUGCAGCAAGGAGCAGAGGCGAGACGUGGAGGAGAUUCCAAACGCAAGUCCACAACUGCUGGACUACAUCUGUUUCACAGCCCUCAGGAUCGUGGCCCAUUCCUUGGCCUUAGUGCAAACCUUGUCCAUAGAUCCAUGGGAGCCACCUUUACAAUGGCUGUACAUGGGUCGUGGUGCUGGAUAUGUCUUCCAUACGGCAAGGGAGGCCAUCAACCCCGAUUGUGAGACUCUUAUUGCCAAGUUUGUGAGCACGCCGCCAAUCAUGCGCGAUCCUCAUGAGUUGAUAUUGGGUGAUUAUUCUCGGCUGGCAUGGCUACUUGACCAUCCCGCUCACCCAAGCUCGAUCGAAGCACAGACAGACCAAGAGCUCAACGAUGACGGUGUGAGGUCUGUUUACGAGAAGGCAUUAUCAUACACAUGCAGUGUCCUCCGGGCAAUAGAUCGAAAGGAGCCGCAAGGAGCCAUUGCCCGAAGACUGGGUGGCUUUGCGGUCUGGGUACCCAUCGAAUUCAGCAAAUUCAUCGAACAAAGACGCCCGCGAGCAUUGGUCAUCUUGGCCCACUUCAUGUCCCUAUGGCUAGAUUACGAAAAUCUGUGGAUAAUCGGACGAGCGGGAGAAUGGCAAAUACGAUGCAUCCAUAAACAUCUACCCGUUGAAUGGACCUGCAAGCUAGAUGGUCUCUUCGCAAAAUUCAAGCCUCGAUAAAUGCAACAAACAUCAUUGACGGUUUGGUCACAUGGAAGUCAGGGCACUCUUCAUCAGCUUUCAAUCUAGCUGUGGAAAUUGGUCGUGUUCAGUCGCCUAUUUCGGAAUCGGGAUUGGGAUUGUUAUAAAGCUGAGCGUCAAUUCCACUCAGCUCACUUAUCAAUACAGUGUGCCAUAUAAUUGACGUACUAGGAAACUAGAACAAUGGGAUGGUCGUAAGUAUUAUUCUGGCUAUCUCUUAUGCAGCCCUUAUUAACCCUACUAUAGGCCAAUUCACUUUCAUCGGGCCUUCAUAGAGGGUGUCUGUAAUGAAUUAUUUAGGGAUUUUACCCUCCCCUUAAAAAUGUAAAUGGCUAUUGAUGAUGAAGCUUAGAGGACCAGAGAAUCAAGCGAGGAUCUCGUGGUCGGAAUAAGAGCUGGAUGUGACUUUGAUGUCAAUGUCAUAGUACUAUACCCCUUAAGUUAUGUAUGAUACAAAAUGGGCAUGUGUUGUAAAUACCUGAUAGCAAUGAGGAUAUGAAUUUCAACCAUAUACCGGUACCCAUAAUGCAGUUGUAAGAAUGAGUCCCUCGCAGGGUUUAGGUUGCGUCAGACAUUGCCCCACAAUUCACCACUUCACUUAACA